AUGCUUGAACUAACUUGGUACGUCUACUCCCCGACAGAUGGCGAGCUGCGUUUUGAACCGGAGCCCUACAGCAAGAAGUUGGAAUUAAAUUCUUCUGGGAAAAUACAUUGUAAAGUCGCUGGUGGUGUUGCUCCAACAGUGCAAUGGUUUUUGAACGACGAGGAACCGCUACCAGAGGGCGUGACAUCUGCAAAUGGCACCCUGAUGGUAGCUGAUGCGGAGAGGCGUCACUCUGGACAGUACACCUGCAAGGCCGUCGAUGGAGAACGUUCCAUCACUGCUAAGAUCAGUCUUGAUGUUGUUGUGACCCCUCGGAUCCUGGAGCCGAGCCCCGACCAGCAGAUGCACGUCACGGUGGGUCAGACGGCCGUGCUGAACUGCGUGGCCACCGGGGACCCGCCCCCCACCACACACUGGGACAGAAACCUCGCCAUAUUGGGGAAACAACUAGAUGGUGGCGUGGAGGUUGAAGAUGGCGUCAACGCUACGUUAGCAAGACUCGUGUUAAUGAAGAAUGGAUCCUUGAUAAUCCGGAACGUAUCGUCUCCGGACGCGGACCGGUACGGCUGCACGGCCGGCAGCGCAGCCGGAUUGGCGAGGAAUGAACUACAACUUGUUGUACAUCAAGAAGGGGAAAUGCCCCCCCAAGAGUCAAGUGGAGUAGCAGGGAAGGCGGUUGUAGUGUCUAUAUCAGUGGCUGGCGCAUACAUGGUGCUUGUGCUCGCGCUAAUGGUCUACUGCCGGAGACGGAGGCUCAGGAGACGGCAGAGGGGAGAAAAAAUGGAGUUAGAGAUGACAGAGGGAAGGGAGAAGUUGGUAGAAGAUGGUGAAGAAGAGAAACAGAAGGUCAACGGCGCCGCCUUACAGAACGGCAGACUGUUGGCUCAUGACAAGGAUAGCGGUGCAGAUAACUCGGAAGUGUCUGGCGUGUCGCGCGCCUCGAAGAAGUCUGGCCAGUUCGAGCAUCUGUCGGUGCCGCGCACUCUGCUCACUGAACAGAUCACAUUGGGUCGUGGUGAGUUCGGGGAAGUGAUGCUGGCUAAGAUAGACAUGUUCCAACUCAACAAACUGCGCAAUAAAGAGAGCCUGGAGUCUGAGGGCGAGCCCAAACUCCGGCCCGUACUGGUCAAGGCACUCACUGCUAAGGAUGAGGUACAUUUAGCUGAAUUCCGUCGCCAACUGGAGUUGUUCUCCCGGGUGAGGCACGAGAACAUUGUGCGACUGCUGGGACUCUGCAACGAGGCAGACCCUCACUAUAUGCUGCUAGAACAUACAGACUGGGGAGAGCUAAAGAAGUUCCUGAUAGCGACGCGGUCCCCGGAGGAGAACGCGGAGUACGUGUCCCGCGUGGGGGCUGCGCACGCGCCCCCCGCGCCGUCCCGCGCCUGUCCCCCGCUGGGGGCGCAGCACCGCGCGCUGCUGGCCGCCGCGCUGGCCGCCGCACUCGCCAAGUGCGCCGCGCACAGGUUCACGCACCGCGACAUAGCUGCCAGAAACUGCCUGAUAACAUCGAAAUUACAGCUGAAGCUAUCAUACCCAGCUCUGACGCGGGGACCUGACUCACACGAGUACUUCAAACUGCAUGAACAGGUGAUCCCGUUGCGCUGGUUGCCCCCAGAGGCGGUGCUAGAGAGCGACUACUCCACAAAAUCCGACGUCUACAUGUUCGCGGCGACCGUUUGGGAGAUUUAUACCAAAGGAGAGUUGCCAUUCGCAAAGUUGAACGACAACUCGGUGUUGGAGCGUGUGAAGGCAGGCACUCUCGAGUGGACGAUCCCGAAUUCUAUGCCCGAGCCGUUAGCCGUACUACUUAAACGUUGCUGGAGCAAAUCCCCAUCAGAUCGGCCCCAGUUCACGGAGAUAUAUGAAGAAAUCACCACCAUACUCCAAGAUAUCACUUCGGAAACCACAUCACAGAAAUCACAAGAUAAGGCUGAAGAAUAG